UCAUGUUGCAAAAUAAACAAUCAGAUUCGGGCCCCGUCUAGAACAAAUUUACUUAGUUAUUUUAUUACUUGUGUCAACAUUUUAGAUCGAUAUUAUAAGAUUAUUUACUGAUCGGGAGUACGUAGCAUGUUUUUUUGAUAUAUUUUUAUUAGUGAGUGAGUGAAAAUGGUGUUGUUACCGCCGUGCGCCCCCGAACUUUGCGGGAAGGAUUUCCGACAUACUUUGAAGAAACCAAGCCCAAACUAUCCAUAUGGAUACAAGACAAAGAAGCCCAGGGUUGUCCCGGCGUUUACUAUACAAGCCAUGCAGAAGAACACCAAAGUUAUUCCUCCACCGAAAUGUAGUGUGUUCGAUCCCAUGCCACCACGACCCACUUUGUUCAGGAAGUGCUACCAAAGAGGGGAAUUUCCAGUAUGUAUCGAGUUUACGAACUAUGGCAAGCGAUUGGCGUGGAAGGUCCCGAUUGAGAAGCUGGACUUCCAUCAUUACUUGCCGAUGUUCUUCGACGGUCUGGCUGAGGCGUCAUACCCGUACACUUUCAUCGUGGAGAGAGGCAUAAACGACCUGAUCACCAAGGGAUCCUACAAAGUCCUGCCUGUCGUACCUCAACUUAUCAUACCAAUUAAAAAUGCACUAGCGACGAAGCGACCCAACGUAAUCUGUCACGCGCUCAGGUGCAUUCAAAUGCUGGUGACUGGCUGCGACAAGGUGGGAGAGGCCCUUGUACCCUAUUACCGGCAGAUACUGCCGAUAUUGAACCUGUUCAAGGACAAAAACCGUAACAUCGGAUCUGGCAUCGACCACACGACCACGCGUGGUGAGAAUGUGGGAGAUCUCAUCGAGAGUACGUUACAAAUGUUGGAGAGAUACGGAGGCCCCGAUGCGUUCAUCAACAUUAAGUACAUGAUCCCAACAUAUGAAUCAAGUGUACUUAACUAAUUUACAUAAACAUAAAGUAGAUUGCACUUAUUGCUUAUCGAAUUCGAUUUUUUUUAAAUUACUUAUUAUUAUUAUUAUCGCUAAUUUUAAU